AAAUGGGGAGGGGAUAUGCUGUUUCAUAAAGCGGGGCGUGCAGGCAGCUGCAUGUAGAAAUGACACGCAGACACUCAACACAGAGCCCAUAACUUCCAGUAGGGCAGGCAGUCUGUAAAAAGAGGGAGGACGAGCGAGGGUUGUGUGUUUGUGUAUGUGUGUGUUUUGUUGCCCCUGUCCACCUCUGCGCCUGCUGCCGGCGGACGGAUACAUGGGAACUACUUUAAAGCGGCCGGUCCUUACCUUCCAUUUUCUCGGUGUCUCCGAGCGGACUCGGCGGCUUUUUCCGGGUUCGUCUUUAAACCCGGCUCCCAGCAGCAGUACACACAGAUACAGGCGCAGGGCGAGGGAGUGGGACUGGGGGUGAGGGGGGGACGGACACAGAGACGCAGAGAGAGAGGGGAAAAACAUACACACACACGUGUAUAUAUAUAUAUAUACAUACAUACAUACAUACAUACAUAGAUACACAGACACACAUAGUGAGGGAGGCAGAGUACAGCCACACAGCCUUGGCCUGGCCCGCAUCCUGACCUGACCCAGCACAGCCCAGUCCGCUCCACUGCUGUCCGGCCCGGCUGCCAACAACAACACUUGUAACCGCCCGGCGCUCCUAACAUGGCUCUCAAAAGAAUCCACAAGGAAUUGAAUGAUUUGGCCCGUGAUCCACCAGCACAGUGUUCAGCAGGUCCAGUUGGUGAUGACAUGUUCCACUGGCAAGCCACAAUAAUGGGACCGAAUGACAGUCCUUAUCAGGGUGGUGUAUUUUUCUUGACCAUUCACUUCCCCACAGAUUACCCCUUUAAACCACCUAAGGUUGCAUUUACAACAAGAAUUUAUCAUCCAAAUAUUAACAGUAAUGGCAGCAUCUGUCUUGAUAUUCUACGGUCGCAAUGGUCCCCAGCAUUAACUAUUUCAAAAGUUCUUUUGUCUAUCUGUUCACUGUUAUGUGAUCCGAAUCCAGAUGAUCCCCUAGUGCCUGAGAUUGCACGUAUCUACAAAACAGAUAGAGAAAAGUACAACAGAAUAGCUCGGGAAUGGACUCAGAAGUAUGCAAUGUGAUUACAUUAAAAUGUUGAUGAACGAACCUCUUAUACAGCUGGGGGAACUUGCAAAACAAAUUUCUUUGGUUUCCAUUUGACUGCUUUCUUUGAGCCCACGCCUCUUCCCCUGUGCACAUGUUCACCUGAUCCAGCAGUGCUGCGUUGUUUUGUGUACAUAUUUGGAACAGCUGAUAGAAAUGCCCCUUUCUCGAUUGUUUGAAAUUCUGACUACUUACAAAGCAAGUGUUAAUGUCCAGUUCUUCGCUCAUAACAUUUGUGAGACUAAAAGCAUUCCUAGUCAUUGUAACAAGAUUGUUUAAAAAAAAUUUCAGGGUUUAAGUGCUUCCGGGGGUGGGAACUCUUCCUUUUAUAAGAUGUAUGUUGGAAUUCUUUUAAACUCAUAAUGGUUAUGAAUAAUAGAAUGAAGAACUUUAAUUUGUUUAAUGUUUUGCAAUUUUUACGCUAAGAAUGCAAAUCUACAUUCUAGUUAAACGUUGGAAUGGAAAGUUGAAAGCAUACUUGUGUCCUAUAAAAUUGAACAGUCAUUUGAAUCAUCUCCCAUAACAAUUAAAUAGAUUGGAGCUAUUAGUUAGCCACUCAUUCAGUUUUCAAUACCUUUUUGGGUUUAUAUUUGGCUUAUAGUGAAUGAGUAGCUAAUAGCUCUAAUUUUCUUUUUGUUUUUGUUAACUAAUCUUAGAAGCCUCAUCUGGAUGUAAGGGUAAAAAUUCAUGACAGAACUUGUGUAUAUUUAAUGACCCAAAGGCUCUCCUGGAGCUUGUAUGUUCAAAAUGAUUAAUCUGUGUAAUAAACUGAUUACUAAAGUCA